AUGUAUUGCGCUGAGUUAUUUUUCAUUUCAUUAAGUUUUGGUUUUGGUUUGUGUUUUAGUCCAAAUAGUUAUUACUUCGAAAAUCAUAAAUAUUGUGAUGAUCUUUCGCCUUAUUAUGGCGACAUUAAUUUAGACCAAAUAACCGGUGUUUGGUACGGGGUUGAGAAAAUACCGCACGCAAAGGGUGAAUACAGGAUUGAAUAUACAAAGGAGUGUUUUUAUAUCGAUAUCAAAGAAGUUGAUAUUUUGCCAACUUCUAUUCCACCCUACACUCUGCCGACAAAUGGACCAUAUGGGAGUCGCCAAUACGGCCAGUCGAGCUAUUAUAACCAAAACGGACAAUACGGCCAGUAUGGAUCGUAUGGUCAAUAUGGCCUAGUGGAGCCGUACCGCAUCAGACACUUGGUGCUGGAAUGGCAUGAAGGUCUAUGGAAGGAAGAAUACCACAUUAAAGUAAACACUUCUCAUAAGGGCUUUUGGCCGACGGAUGUGCCCAAUGGAUCUGUCGACGAAAUGUACAGGUUUUUCGGUGGCGUGAUCCAAGUUCUAAAAGCGGCGAACAAUCACUUGGUAUUAAACUUCUGCAUGAGACUGCCCCACUCCCAGCUGUACAGCGUCGUGUUGUCCCGAAAUGAGAACCAGCUGACUCCUGAAGACCUGGCCAGCAUCCACAAUGUGUUCACUAUGAAACAUCUGUCCACAUCUGCACUGAAGAGGGUAUGCGAAAACUCAGCCUCGACAAUAUGCGUCUCGUGUUUAAGUUAUUGUUUCCUUGUGUUUUUAUUAUGGAGAUCUCAAGAAUAGCCGGUUUAAGCGUGCAUUUGAAAAAAUAAAUACCAUAGAAAACUUAAUUAUAAGAAAACGAUUUCUGCUUUAAAUUCUUAUUCUUUUCCCAGUUUACUUAGUGUUGUCUUGUGCAAUACACAAUCUGUACAAUCUAUACAUUUACGAAAACAAUACCUAAGAGAUUCGGUGUUGUGGAUUGAAUAAUGUUUCGGUUAAGUUAAAGAUAUACAUAGAUGUUUUUAUAUAUAGAAAUGUAUAAAAGGAUAUGAUAGAUCUCAGUUAUAAGAACAAUUUGG